AUGGAUGGGUGGUUCCGGACCCUAGUGGCCAAGGGGGGAAGUGCAUCCUUCCUGGUGGCCACAGACCACAACUCAGACAACACGUCGGCUGUGCUUCGGGAAUGGCUGGUGGCUGUGAAGAGUUUGUACCACUCUGUGGAGUGGCGGCCGGCGGAGGAGCCCAGGUCCUACCCGGACGAGGAGGGCCCCAAACACUGGUCCGACUCGCGCUACGAGCACGUUAUGAAGUUGCGCCAGGCGGCCCUGAAGUCUGCCCGGGACAUGUGGGCCGAUUACAUCCUGUUUGUGGACGCAGACAACCUGAUCCUCAACCCUGACACACUGAGCCUCCUCAUAGCCGAGAAUAAGACAGUGGUGGCCCCCAUGCUGGAUUCGCGGGCUGCGUACUCCAACUUCUGGUGUGGGAUGACAUCCCAGGGUUACUACAAGCGCACCCCCGCCUACAUCCCCAUCCGCAAGCGGGACCGCCAGGGCUGCUUUGCGGUUCCCAUGGUGCACUCAACCUUCCUGAUCGACCUGCGGAAGGCGGCGUCCAAGAACUUGGCGUUCUACCCUCCGCACCCUGACUACACCUGGUCCUUUGACGACAUCAUCGUGUUUGCCUUUUCCUGCAAGCAAGCAGAGGUGCAGAUGUACGUCUGCAACAAGGAGAUGUAUGGCUUCCUGCCGGUGCCGCUGCGGGCGCACAGCAGCCUCCAGGAUGAGGCCGAGAGCUUCAUGCAUGUGCAGCUGGAGGUCAUGGUGAAGCACCCACCAGCAGAGCUGUCCAGGUUCAUCUCCGUGCCCACCAAGACGCCCGACAAGAUGGGCUUCGACGAGGUCUUCUUGAUCAACCUGAAGCGGCGGCAGGACCGGCGGGAACGCAUGCUGUGGGCGCUGCGGGAGCAGGAGAUCGAGUGCCGGCUGGUGGAGGCCGUGGACGGCCGGGCCAUGAACACCAGCCAGGUGGAGGCGCUGGGCAUCCAGAUGCUGCCCGGCUACCGGGACCCCUACCAUGGGCGGCCCCUCACCAAGGGCGAGUUGGGCUGCUUCCUCAGCCACUACAACAUCUGGAAGGAGGUUGUGGACCGUGGGCUGCAGAAGUCUCUUGUGUUCGAGGAUGACCUGCGCUUUGAGAUCUUCUUCAAGAGACGCCUGCUGAACCUCAUGCGGGAUGUGGAGCGGGAGCGUCUGGACUGGGACCUCAUCUAUGUGGGCCGGAAGCGGAUGCAGGUGGGGCACCCGGAGAAGGCUGUGCCUCGGGUGAGGAACCUGGUGGAGGCCGAUUACUCCUACUGGACGCUGGCCUACGUGAUCUCCCUGCAAGGCGCCCGCAAGCUGCUGGCAGCCCAGCCGCUCUCCAAGAUGCUGCCCGUCGACGAGUUCCUGCCCGUCAUGUUUGACAAGCACCCAGUGUCCGAGUACAAGGCCCACUUCUCGCCCCGCAACCUGCGCGCCUUCUCGGUGGAGCCCCUGCUCGUCUACCCCACGCACUACACGGGGGACGACGGGUACGUGAGUGACACGGAGACCUCAGUCGUGUGGAACAACGAACACGUCAAGACUGACUGGGACCGUGCCAAAUCCCAGAAGAUGCGGGAGCAGCAGGCCCUGAGUCGCGAGGCCAAGAACUCGGACGUGCUGCAGUCACCGCUGGACAGCGCCGCCCGGGACGAGCUGUGAGCAGCGCUGCGAGCAGCAAAGCAGGCGUCACUGGCUCCGCCUCCUUGUGCGCACUGGCUGCUGUGACCCCGGGCAGGCCGAGGAGGGCUCUCCACGCAAGGUGGCUUCCAGCCAGCUCUGGCUCAGCAAUCACGUGCACGCAGGCAGCUUUAAUGGAGUGCCUACUGUAUGCCAGAAACAGGGCCUGGAACGGGGGGAUCGGAUGGGAACGUGACCCGGUUCGGACCUUCAGGUGCCGAACGCAGAGGUGCUCGCCCAGUACCGGGCUUCUGUGUUAACGGCAGGGAGUGAGGCAUAAUUAUUCCCUAGGCCAGUGACUGAUUCAGUCAUCAGGCUUUUAUUGAUCACCACCAACCCCUCCCCCACCGCCCCUAGAAUCAGCACUAGUGAUAUACAGUCAUUGUUUUGAUUCAUUUAAGUAUUUAUUGAAUGCCUACUGUAUGUUAGGCACCAACCGUUCUAGGCUCUGGGAAUCUUGAGGUUAACAAGACCCUUUCAUUCAUUUCUUCGAACAACAUAUCAAGCACCCACGAUGUGCCUGGUACUUGUGACACAAAGACAAGCUCUUACUGACUCAGAGCAUUUAUCGAGUGCCUGCUGUGUGCUGGGAACACUGAGCUUGGUGCUGGAGAUGAAGAGAAACAAGGUGCUUUGCAUUCUUCCAUUGGUUUCUUCCCCCACCCAUGUAAAGAGCACCUACUGUGUGUCAGGCAUUAGUGAUAUAGUAUAACACUCGCCAGGUGAGCACCGGAUCACCUCCAUGUGUGUCGGGCAUGUGCCAAGUGCUGGGCCACUGAGAUGAACAAGAUGAGUCCUUUUUUUUCUUCAUGCAGCAGGCAUUUAUUGAAGGCCUGCUGUAUACCAGACCUCAUGGACUCCCAGUGGGACUGGAGAAUGAUUGGCUGAGUUUGAUCCCUGUCUGCCCCGCCCCCCCAGUCACCCAAGCUUGUGCAGACAAAAUCCCCCCUCACCAUCACCCGGAAGGGAGGGUGGCUCUUGGCUCACCAGGGACAGCUGCGGGUCCCAGUGACCACAUGGCCGCACACAAGCUCCCCUGGACCUAGCCCCCCUGGAGGGGGCAAGGGAUGAAGAUGGGGGCUGGGUCUCCCAUGCUCACCCCUGCUCCUGUUUUGAUCCAUCCCCCUGUUGACCUGACCUCCCUGGCCUGCAGCUCAUUUGGGCCCUGCUUGCUCAGUGGGGUUCCUGUGUUUAAGCCUUUGGUGGGUCUGUGGGUGGGGGAGGGCCUUGCGUGGACCCUGCUGCCCCCCUGGGGGUCUCCCCAAGGCCUGAGCAGGACGAUCCCCAGCGCAGGCUGGGGACCCUGCUCUGCCUUCAGCCUGGCACGAACGUCAGAGUCAGUCAGCACUGCUUUGCUCUCUUCAGGAUGACUGCUCGCUGGGUCAGCUCCCAGAUAACCUGCUUAUUUUUUUAUUAAAUGUCCCUGGUUGGUUUUCACAUAAA